ACUAGGAGGACCACUGGGAUAGGCACCGUAGCGUGGUGAUACAAGGAAGCGAACUCCAGCAGGACAACAACAGUAUCGAAGUGUGAGAGAGAGAGAAUAGUUCGAAGACUACACUAAAUGGGGACGCGAAAUGACAUCUUCAACCAACGAGAGGAGAGCAUUUGCUCACAAAAUUAAUCGGACGGUGGCUGCAGAGGUCAGGAAGCAGGUAUCCAGAGAGUACGGCUCCCCUCAGCUGUCCAAGAAACGAGGAGCACACCAACCUGUGCCGCUGACAGAGGUGGUGGAGCCUGUGGACUAUGAGGAGUAUGUGAGUAGCCACGCCCCUGGGGCGGAGCCUGGACCCCUCAGACAGCUGAUGGAGUUCCCCCCAGACGACCUGGAGCUCCUCCUGCAGGACAGAGAGUGUACUACACUGGAGCCCCCUCUGCCCGAGGAGGACACAUUUGACCCAAGAGUGAGAGAUGCCUUGGGUGUCUACACAGAUGACUGGUUGAUCAUUCAGAGGAAGUGA